CUUUUACAAUUAAUUUUGUAAGUGUGAAAAGGAGAGUAAGAAAAAGAAGAAGAAAGAAUCUAAGAAAUCUAGAGAGAGAGAGAAAGCACCUUUUUCUCAAUCAAGAAACCACUGAUAAAAACCAGAGCUAAAACUCAACAACAGAGACUUCAAGAGCGUUGGACUCUGGUUUUCCGGCGAAUAAAUGACCGGCGCCGGUGGAUCAUCAUCAGGGAGACUACCCACAUGGAAAGAGAGGGAAAAUAAUAAAAAAAGAGAGAGAAGAAGAAGAGCAAUAGCAGCUAAAAUAUAUUCAGGACUCAGAGCUCAAGGAAGCUAUAAACUUCCUAAACAUUGUGAUAAUAAUGAAGUUUUGAAAGCUUUAUGUUCUGAAGCUGGUUGGAUUGUUGAAGAAGAUGGCACAACGUACCGCAAGGGUUGCCAUCCACCUCCAAUGGAGAUGACAGGUACUCCGAACACUAUUAGUGCGUGUUCCUCAAUCCAACCUAGCCCGCAAUCCUCAAAUUUCCCGAGUCCUAUGCCGUCCUACAAUGCCAGUCCGUCGUCGUCCUCAUUUGCAAGCCCUACUCGGUUUGAUGGAAACCCUUCCACGUACCUUCUUCCGUUCCUUCGUAAUAUAGCGUCGAUCCCUGCGAACCUUCCACCUCUUAGAAUAUCUAAUAGUGCUCCUGUAACGCCACCACUUUCAUCUCCUACGAAUAGAAGUUCGAAGAGGAAGGCUGAUUGGGAGUCCUUUGCAAAUGGUUCUUUGAAUUCAUUUCGACAUCCUCUUUUUGCUGUCUCAGCUCCUUCAAGCCCAACGCGUCGCCAGCAUCUUACCCCGGCUACGAUACCGGAAUGUGACGAGUCUGAUGCCUCGACUGUGGACUCUGGCCGCUGGAUGAAUUUUCAGACAGUUGCUCACCAAGUAGCUCCUCCUUCACCAACAUUCAAUCUCAUCAAACCAGUGUCUCAGGAGAAUGCUUUUCAAGAUGGGGUCGAUAGGCAUGGGAAAUCAGGCUGGGUGGUUGGUGGAGAUCGAGGAAGAGUUUCAGAGUUUGAAUUUGAGGAUUGCCGGGUGAAGCCAUGGGAGGGUGAGAGAAUUCAUGAGAUGGCGGUGGAUGAUCUCGAGCUCACACUCGGGACCGCAAAGGGUCAUGCUUAAUCUCGUGGAUUAUCUCGAAGCUGGAGUUUGUUGUGCACUCCCGGUGGCAUACUUGGCAUACAUUAGCCAUUUGAAUGCGAGCUAUUGCGUGGAAUUUACCCACGACUUUUUCGACUGCAGAGAGAUCUCGGUUCAUGUCGAGGCCUGUAAUUGCUUUUAGAUGUACAGUUUGUUUAUCUUGAAACCAUUGCUGGAAUCAAAAUUUAUCCGAUUCAGUGGCAGAUCAAAAUCGCGGGCAAGCUUCACGGAAGAACUAUAGUCCCAGAUUUUCAUGUGGGGAAAAAGCUGAUAUGGGAGGUUAUAAUCUUCCUAUACCUGUUAAUGUUUAGAAUAUUUAUCUUCAAUUGUUCAUUGAUUAUAGUAGUCAAUUUAAGUUGUCACUAGGAUCAUCUUUCAAGCAUCAAUCGAGCAUUUAGAGAUUAUGUACUUCUGUUGGGGAUUUGAGUUGCUCCAUAUGGUCUGUAGAAUUUGUAGAAACACAAGCUCCAAAUAUGAAUUCUGAUGUUGUUAUUAGAUUGUAAGAGAUGCCUUGUUUGGGGUAAUUUUCAUCGACAAUCCCUUAA